UUGAAUGAAUGAAGAGGGGGAGGGUUUUAGUUCAAGUAAUCAAAAUAUCAAACCCCAGAAGCUUCAGCAGCCAAACAUCACUACACUCUCACUUCCACUCACAGAUUGUAGAGAAAAUGGAUGAAUCUGAACGUUACUGCUACAACCCGAUUUUGCGUUGGAACCCACAAGUUGAAGAUUACUUCAACAAAGUUUAUGGCCCUGAAGCUUUUUCUCGCAUUUCCAAAGCCCUCACGCGACCCUCUUGUUACUCCUGUAUACGUGUAAAUACACUGAGGACAACAACUGAAGCCAUCAUUGAAAAGAUUCAGGAGAUUCAACAUGAGAAGGGGACGAAAGAUUAUCUGAAGAAUCUGCAUACGAAUGAUAAUACAACAGUUGAGAUAUCUGAAAGUUUAAAUGGUUCCACCACAGACACGGGCCCUGUUUUAAAGUGCCCGAUACCUGGACUAGAUUAUGUUGUAUUUGUAAAGGGUUCCGGGCCCCAUGAUAUUCAGUAUGAAUAUCAGCAAGGCAGACCCCCAAAGGAGAUAAUAGUAAGCCGUAAGUGUGCAGAAGCAGUUCUUCGAGGUGCUCAGGUCUAUAUUCCAGGUAUAUUGGCAUGCAGUGCUCAUGUUGAGGUUGGGGAUAAAGUUGCAGUUUCGGUGGGUAUUGAGCAGCCUGGCCGUGAUGGUGGAUGGGCUAUUGGUAUUACACGUGGCAUUGUUCUACAAGGGCUUAAAACUGAUCCUCAAUAUCUUGAACGAGAAGGGUUAUAUAUUGGCCAGGGAAUCACAACGAUGUCAAGGGCAGGAAUAUUUCGUGACUUGUCAGGUCUUGGUGUGGAUAUGACUGAAAGGGUGUUUAGAUUGACAUCCUUCAAUGAAUUGCUGAAGGGGGACAUAUUUCUUCAAAACCUGCCAAGCAUAAUUACUGCACAUGUCUUAGAUCCACAACAGGGAGAAAGGAUAUUAGACAUGUGUGCUGCCCCUGGUGGAAAAACUACUGCAAUAGCUUCCCUUAUGAAAGAUAAAGGACAAGUGAUUGCUGUUGAUAGGUCUCACAAUAAGGUGCUUGAGAUUCAUAAUUUGGCUGCAGAGCUGGGUUUGAAUAGCAUAAGAGCAUUUAAGCUAGAUGCCCUGAAGUCUGUUAACACGAAUGUAUUAAAUGGCUCGGUGAUGCAAGAUUUAAGUGAAGACAAAGUAUGUCAAACCAAUCAAGCGGCUGAUUCCGCAUGCGUUGUUAACAUAAAUUCAUCAUCUUCCAUAGUAGUAGAACUGAAAACAGAUACAACAGGUGAAAAGAUUUCUGUAUUACCUGUUUCGGAGGAAGUUAGUGCUCCAAGUGAUGACAAAUUUGAAAAAGGCCGUUAUACAAGCAAACAUGAGUUACGCAAACAAAUUCGAAGAUUGAAAAAUGGGCCCGGGAGAAAUCAAGCAACAGGUGGCAGGGUGGAUAAAUGUGAAGGGUUUGCUCCAAACAGUUUUGACCGAGUUCUUCUUGAUGCUCCCUGUUCUGCUCUUGGAUUAAGACCACGUUUAUUUGCUGGAGAGGAAACGGUAGAAUCAUUGAGAAAACAUGGGAAGUACCAGAAACGAAUGUUUGACCAGGCUGUUCAGUUAGUUCGCCCAGGCGGAGUUCUCGUAUAUUCGACAUGUACGAUAAAUCCAGGCGAGAACGAGGGAGUUGUUCGUUAUGCUUUGGACACAUACAAGUUUCUUUCGUUGGCACCACAGCAUCCUAGAAUUGGGGGACCUGGCCUGGUGGGUCAUGAAGAAUCGUCUGACGGACAUUUACAGGAAUGGUUAAGACCUGGUGAGGCAGAUCUUGUUCAGAGGUUUGAUCCUUCUGGCCCAUAUGAUACAAUUGGAUUUUUUAUAGCCAAGUUCAAUGUUGGUCCUAAAGAUAAUACAAUUUAGGACAUGAGCAUUUUUAUAAGAAAUUUUGAAGUAAUCAUAUAAAUUCUCGGCUAACGCUUAGGACGAUAAAUUGUUUUUAUACUGAAAUCAGUCUUCUAGAUGGAAUUAUUUAUAUUAUUAAUGCCUGUUUUGUUCUUUUUGAAGAAA